CCCAGCCUGGCGUCACCUCCCCGCUGUGUGACCCGUAGACUGCUGCCGGGAACCGGUCCCUGUGCUUCCGGAUCAGCGAUCCGGCCGCAUCCUGAGGACGAGGGGCCUGUGGCUCUCGGCCGAGUCUGGGACCCUUCAGACGGUUUGGCUUUUGAAAGAUCGGUAGCUCGUCACUAAGGAAAAUGGGCAAGUAUUAUCCUGAUGGCGAAGAAAGGGCUUAUGGAGGCUGUGAAGGCCCAGAUGCGAUGUAUGUAAAGUUGAUCUCAUCUGAUGGCCAUGAAUUUAUUGUGAAAAGAGAACAUGCAUUGACAUCCGGCACUAUUAAAGCUAUGUUGAGUGGCCCUGGACAGUUUGCUGAAAAUGAAACGAAUGAAGUAAAUUUUCGUGAGAUUCCAUCCCAUGUGCUAUCAAAAGUAUGCAUGUAUUUUACCUACAAGGUUCGCUACACCAACAGUUCUACAGAGAUUCCUGAAUUUCCAAUUGCCCCAGAGAUUGCACUGGAACUGCUGAUGGCUGCAAACUUCUUAGAUUGUUAGAAAAUAAAGAUGUAACUUAUAAUCCAAAAGAUGUUAAGCUUCUGUAUUUAACUACAUGCAUAAUUAAUAAGUGACUUCAAAAUGGUGUUGCAUUUAUGUCUGAUAACUCACACCAAAAUCUUUUCUUUUAAUGGAGAUGUAUUUUUUUUCAAGCGUUAAGUAAAGAUAAUGGGAAUUCUUUAGUUUUGUAUAUUACAUGAAUUGGACGUUUUCUCCCAUCUCAUAAUGUUCUAUAUUGGUGUGCAGAUGGUUUCAGGCUGUUAACUCUCCCAAAUUUUCAAGAAAAAUGAACAAUUGUAGCCCCAAAUAUGCAUACUUUUUUGUUAUUGUGUUGAUACGGUUCCCAGCUGAAUUUCCAUCCGGUGCCCCUAUAGAAUUGACAAGUAAUAAACUCUUAAAAUACAGUA